CCUACCCGUAAAAGGAUCAAAAGGAUCUCUCCAAAUAUGAUUGGCCUGAUCGAUUUCACCGCAUUGGCGGUACUCGCAGGACUUAACGGGAAAUGUUCCAACAUCGAAGGAUGCAACGGAGCAUUGACCGACAUCGGCGACUUAUGUAAUAUUCCUUGUGUCUCGAAUCGUGUGCUCCAUUUUGUUACACGGAUACACCCGUCGCCGUACGUUCGCGGCAUGUCCCCGAAAAUAUACUCGGAGCGAUUAAUUUCUAUCGUUCCGUCGAUUACGAAGUGAGCAUGGGUGUUCCGUUCAAGUUGAUUUUCAAACAUUUUGCGGGCAAUUGCGUGCGGUGGCUCGGAAAAGUCGCGAAAAGGUGCGCGAACACGUUGAUUGGCGUGCUAAAGGAAGCGGGACCAAGAAGUGAGAUUGUGACGCAAGUCUCGUCUUCCCAGGACAAGCAUCACGAUGAACAAACGACAAAGCGCGAACGAACACAAUGGAGGCAAUGGCUAGCAUGUAUAUCAGCGACUCUAUCCAUGGUAGCGGUCGGCACCGUCUACGGAUGGACUACCACGUCGCUCUCACGACUCACAUCCGGUGCCAGCGACGUUCCAAUAAAGAUAACUGACAAUCAGGGCUCAUGGAUCGUAUCGUUGACGGUGAUCGGCUCAAUGAUCGGUCCGUUCCUCGGUGCCAGUCUUGCCGAUCGAUAUGGUCGUAAGAAGUGCCUUUUGUUCGCAAGCGGUUUCUUCAUCGUCGGCUGGACAAUCGUCUUCUUCGCCCAGACUGUAGUUGCUCUUUACGUUUCUAGGAUGAUUCUCGGCAUUGGCGUGGGCAUCUCGUACACUACCAAUCCGAUGUACGUAUCGGAGGUCGCUGACGUCGAAAUUAGAGGCGCCCUCGGUACUCUGAUUGCCGUGAACGUGUUCACCGGUUCCUUGCUGACAUGUAGUAUUGGUCCGUGGGUAUCGUACCACGUUCUGACAGGUAUACUUCUCACGGUACCCAUCUUAUUUGUGGCAUGUUUCUCCUGGUUCCCCGAGACUCCUGCCUUUCUCGCGACCAGGGGUCGUAGAGCAGAAGCAACUAGGUCUCUGGCGUUCUUUAAAGGAAUUCGCGAUCGCGACGAAGCAAGGAGAGAAUUGGAAUACACUUUACGUAACGUUUUUAUCGAAGACGUUUGCGACAAUACCCCAGUAACCGGUCCUGGAGCUCGAACGGAACCUGUUAAGCGCAGCUGGAUGGGAAAACUGAAACUGAUGCUGUUGCCCAGUAACGCCCGAGCUCUCGGCAUUAUACUCAGUCUAAUUGCUACGCAGCAACUCAGUGGAAACUUUAGCACUAUACAAUAUCUUGAGGUGCUCUUCAAGAAAGCAGCGAUCGGCAUCGAUUCCAACGUGGCUACGAUACUUGUGCUCGCGGUCGGCCUCAUCUCAUGCGGAUUAUCAACUGCGACCGUUGAAGGCGCGGGCAGACGUCCGUUACUGAUCGCCUCCACCCUGGGUUCUUCCAUUACCCUGGCAAUUCUUGCGAUAUACCUUAUGCUAGACGAAAGAGGCAUCGAUGUAUCAGCAGCAAAUCUUCUUCCAGUGAUCGAUGUGAUCAUUUUCCAAGUGGCCUACCAGAUCGGACUGGGUACUCUACCAAACGCGUUGAUCGGAGAAUUAUUCCCUACUGAGGUGAAAGCGUUCGCCGGUGCCAUUAUCAUCGUUUUCGACGGCGUGCUUGGUUUUAUCGUAUCCAAACUGUAUCAGGUGAUUGGCGAUUGGUUGGGCGCUGACACCGUUUAUUAUUUCUUCGCGGGAUCGUGUUUACUGGCAUUCGUGAUGGUGAUAUUCACCGUGCCCGAGACCAAAGGUCGGACAUUCCGCGAAAUUCAGGAACUUUUGGGAGGUAACGAGAAGAAAAAAGAGGUCACCGAAUGUUUGCAGAAUCGAAAUAAUAUAGUAUGACAAAAAAGAACAUUUCGCACAUCUUUACUGGAUAUGGUGCGAAUUUAUUAACGAGAUAACGUCGUCGGACGUUCUUUUCAAAGCAACGAACAUUAAAACGGCAAUUACUUACUCUCAACUGUAUAUAAAAUGUACGUUUACACGUUUUUCAUGCAACAAAAAUCAAGACGCAAAGGUGAAAUCGCUUUUGCCUGUUUACCGCGAUUUUUCUCGUACCUGCCAGCGGGAAAUAAAGUGGUUUUUAUUAAUAUCGUUUUUGCUGCAUAAAUUCAUCCUGAUAGUUUUAUUCAUGUUCCUUCAACUGUAAAUAUUUUUCGCCAAUACUCCAAAGAUUAUGUGGUUGUGUCGUGAAAUAUAAUAUUUAUUUAAAACUCCGCUAUGAAGAACUGUCUUUAUAAAGCUUUUAUCGUUUUUUUCACGCCGGAUGUUAGGCGGAUCAGGUAUUUAAGGGGACGUUAAACUUCAGAAUUUCUCAUACAUACAAAUAUUUAAAUAAAGAAAACUGCGUGAGAGAGAAACAGAAGUAAAAAGGACUGGCAAGUAAAAAUUUCUAGUAAACACGCCGCAUUUCUUAUAUACGAUAAGCAUAAAAAUCAUAGCUAGACGACGGUUAAACACUGAGAUGAGCAGAAAGAGAGAGAAAAAAUGCUUGAAAAAUCGCGAGACUGUAUCGCAAUAAAGAACAAAAAGAAAGCUUAAUGGGAAAUCCUCCAGAGUUCUGGUAUAUGUUGUCAAGAAAGACGAACGUUUUCAUAACCACUGAUUACAUA